AUGGCGAUCGGAGAAAUCUUUAAGGAAAUCGAAGUAGUCGAGCUAACUUUGAAUGAUGAUAAAAGUAUAUAGGACAAUAUUGAAAUUGAAAAAUUUGAGUCAACAUUAACAAUUAAUGAUUCAGUAUAUUUAGACUUUUUUUUUGUGUUCUCAGGAAAAUGUUAACUAAUAUUUGAAGUUACAAAAAUAUUUGAUCCAAAUUAGACUGAUGAUGAUAUAAAAAUGAUGACCAAAGAAGAAGAGGAAAGGAAAGAUUAGAUUCAAAUUCUUUAAAGACUUGGCACUAGACUUAACAAAUUACUUAUAAAGCCUUACUUUUAGACUGAAACCUUUGAGGAGGACUAAAAGUAAUCACUUAAAAAAGAAGAUGAGGAGAUAAUGAAAAUUGUUACUUAAUAUCUGAAGGAUCCUGAUAAUGAAUCUGAUAAAUUUAAAGCAUAUUCAACAAUAUCUAAAAACUAAACAAUCAGUGAUAUUACUAUUAAUAUAGUAAGACCUAAUUAUAUGGAGUACUACAAAAAGAUAUAUGAUCUUGUUACCUAAUAAUUAUCAGAGACUCCCUUAGCCAAGUAUCCGCGUAAAGUUAACAAGUUUGAUGAUAGAUUACGAUAGAUUAUUACAAUAGAGAAGAAAAGUGUCCUAUUAAGACUGCCUUAUAAAAAGAUGAUAAGGAUAAUUAAGUCUUUUUGGGCUAAUUACAAUCAGUUUGCAGAUUUGUUAUAUAAUCAUGUUCCAUUACUGGUUAAUUACACUCUAAAGUAGAAGUAAAGAAUGAUUUAAACGUUUUAAGAGGAAAAUUUUUCUCCAAACUAGCCGCUCUUUUUAGAAAAUACUUAACUCUAAUAUGUUUAUCUUAUAGCAUAAGGACAGAUAAAACUAACUACUACCUCUAACCCAUAUACCUAAAAAUAUAAUAAAAUACUGAAACUUAAUGAGAAAUCUGAGAAGCUACUUUUAAAAAAUAGUGCUGGUUUAGGUAAUUUAUCCAGAACUACAGUAGAGAAUAAUAUUGGUUUGGUCUAAUAAGGGUAAUGGCUUGGUGAGGAAUUUGUAUUAAUGAAGCUACCGCUAUUAUAUACAGCCAUUGCAGUAAGUGAUGUUAAAGUUCUGAAAGUAUUAGUUUCAGAUUUUUAACAUAAAUUUACUCCAGAAGUUCAUCAACUAAUGCAAGUAAAGACAAUGGAAAAAUUAGACUGGAUAAGAGAAAGAUUAGAGACAUGUCAUAAGAUAAGAAAGGAGAUUCAAGCAAUGGAUCCCCUUACCAAUACAUUUGAAAAGACAUUUGAUCAUGUAAAGAAUACAUAUCCAGUCUCAAAUACUUAAACCAUUCAUAAUAUUAGGAAAGCUAUAAUGAAACAAAGCAGUAAUAAUCCAAAUCUAGUAAUGUUUACUACAAGUUAAAGAAUAGAGAAAAUCAGAGAAAAUGAGGAACAAUCUAAAGGAGAAUAAUCCUUUAAAUCUCACAUUAGGUAGUAAGAGAAUAUUAAAAAGCUAAAGCUCAAAUUAGCCAGAGCUCUUCGAAGAACUCUUGGAAAAAAACCAGAUAGUCAGCAUGAAAAUUUCAAAUCCAUUAUAAAAUCUGAUGACAAGUUAAGCAUGUCAAAAGUUGUGCUGCCAGAUUUAAAUAAAUCUUAAUCGAACAUUAUUAACAACAGUUUAAUGGAGGGUGAAGACAUGUUCAAUAUUUCAACAUAAAGAGAUCAAUAGUCUUUUACCGAGAUUAAAGUGAAUGUAUAAGUUAAUUAGCGCCCUUUGAAGCAGAUAACUGAUUUCAGUGAUUAUUAAGUUGCCAUUAGAAAUCGCCACAAUGAGUAAUUUACAUUAGACUAUUAUCACACCUACUACAAAAAUAAAUACAGAAAGAGAGUCGAUAACAAUCAAUCCUUAGUUCAAGGAUAGACAAUGGACUAAGCUUGA